UAGAAACAUUUGAGUCGGAGCUACUGACAAAACUUAACCAUUGACAGAGAGAGAGAGAGAGAGAGAGAGAGAGAGAGAGAGAGAGAGAGAGAGAGAGAGAGGGAGGGCAUUACAUAAUAAAUCGGUAAUGUGCGACAGGGACCGGCACCGACUGACACUUAACUUAUUGUUCGGGUCGAGCCUAUUAUAUACAGUUAGUCAACUUUGACCAGUUUUGAUAUAACAUAUACAUAUAUAGCCUAUAUUUAUACGUUUUUUAACCUUAUUAUUUAUUGUUAUUUUGUUUAUUUAGAUGAUAAACAUGUGGAAGUCUAAGAACUCGGAGAGUUCUUGUCACACUUCUUGCGCGAACGAUGUUGACAAAGCUGUCAGAAACGCGCAUCUCUUUGUUCUUAAUGCUUUCUGAGCCCCAAUUUCUCAUCUGAUGUUUCCUGAAAUUGGGAAAUACUGUAGGAGUGAACGUUUCUGAAUUGCACAUAGAGAGCUCGUCAUUCAAGUCCACAGUGAAAGCUAUGACCUCGGCCACGCCCCCUUCCUCCCGUAGCCCCUCCCCACAGAAAGUCUGCCACUCCCAGACGCAGACAGAUGUUCUAAAGCCACUGCUGGGUGGAGGAGGUGGGGCUUCUCCAGGAAAUGGACCUGCUGCAUUAAGACGUCGUCGACGUGUAUUAUCAAAAGAUGGGCGAAGCAAUGUACGUAUCGAACAUGUCAGCGGCCGAGGGACACUUUACUUGCGUGACCUGUGGACAACCUUUCUUGACAUGCAGUGGCGCUACAAGCUUUUCCUGUUUUCAGCCACCUUUGCUGGCACCUGGUUUUUCUUUGGAGUGCUAUGGUACUUGGUGGCACUUGUGCAUGGAGAUUUGCUAGAGUUCGACCCUCCAUCCAACCACACUCCAUGCGUAAUGCAGGUCCAAACUCUGACAGGGGCGUUCCUUUUCUCCCUGGAAUCACAAACUACCAUUGGCUACGGCUUUCGAUGCAUCACUGAGGAAUGUCCACUUGCCAUCAUCCUGCUAAUUGUCCAGCUUGUCAUCACCAUGGUGAUGGAGAUCUUCAUUACUGGAACAUUCCUUGCCAAGGUAGCUCGGCCAAAGAAACGUGGUGAGACAGUGAAGUUCAGUCAGCAUGCGGUGGUCGCCAAUCAUGAGGGACGACCUUGUCUCAUGAUCCGUGUAGCUAACAUGCGUAAGAGCCUGCUUCUAGGCUGCCAGGUAACAGGUAAGCUGCUGCAGACAUCGUUAACUAAAGAGGGGGAGACAGUGCGUCUGGACCAGAGGAAUGUAACCUUUCAAGUUGACACAUCCACUGACAGCCCCUUCCUCAUCCUGCCUCUCACUUUCUACCAUGUGAUAGAUGACAACAGCCCACUGCGAGCCUGGGCGGCCAAAGGUGGUGGAUGGACAGAUCCGGAGAUGGCUGACUUUGAACUACUUGUAAUCAUGAGUGCUACUGUGGAGCCAACUUCGGCCACCUGCCAGGUUCGCACCUCCUACCUUCCUGAUGAGAUCUUGUGGGGCUACGAGUUCCCUCCUGUCGUCUCCCUCUCCACCUCUGGAAAGUAUGUAGCUGAUUUUGCCUUCUUUGACAAGGUUGUCAAGACCAAGACCCUGCCCCUCUUUAAACAAGCUCCGCCUCCCAACACCCAUUCACCCCAUCACCAAGGCAGUGGAGGCGGUGGAGACCAAGGGCAGGAUAUGGAGAAGAUGAGACUGGAGGAGAGUUACCGGGAAGAAAGGGGGCGGGAAAGGGGAAGGGUUCGAGACCAGCUUAGCGUCCGUAUUAGUAACGUCUAGCGGAAGAAAAAAAACAUUGAAAAUUAUGGAGGGGUGAAGAAGGGGUCUGAUGGAGAUAAAUUGCCAGAGCACUUGUUUGAUUCCAUGUUAGCCAACGUUCUUUUUUAUGCCACUGAGCUUACCUGUUUUGCCAGGCAGCAUGCCAGGAAAGUUGGCUAGUGCUGAAAUACAUGAAAUAGAGAAGGGGAGGGCACAAGAAGAGAGAGAGAUAUAGAAAGAAUGAGAGAGGUUAUGUUCGGAAUAGCAUACCACCAUACUACUUUUACUAUUUCUGCCGUAUGCAGUAUGUACACGCUGCAAACUAUACAAAUUGUCUGUAUGCUUGGAAUUCCCGAAUGAUCUACUACAUUUGGCAAAAUGAGCUAAAAACACACUGCGUGUUAUAGUGUAUCCUGCAAUAUAAUACACUCAACUAGACCUUCCUUUUGGCAUUUAUAUUUCAAAUAAAUUUUUUCUGCUUUUAUCCAUAGUGACAGACACAGCAUUCAAGGUAUCUAUUUUAUCAGUAUGUGUGUUCCCUGGGAAUUUAACCAAUGACCAUGGUGUUUCUUGCACCAUGUUUUACGAGUUGAGAUAUAGUAAAUAUAGUGAGUAUAGUACAUACAAAUAAUAAUAAAAAAUUGGAUUACAAUGCAAUUAAAGAUAAUACAAAAAUAACCAUAUUUACAGUGGCAAGAAAAGGUAUGUGGAAUUAGCUGGUUUUCUGCAUUAAGUGGUCAUAAAAUGUGAUCUCAAAGUCAGAAGUAUAGACAAAGCACAAUGUGCCUAAGCCAACAUCACACAAACAAUUAUAAUCUUUCAUGUCUUUAUAGAACACAUCCCAGUUAACGUUCAUAGUUAAAUGGGAUGUAAAAUAUGAAAAAAAGUGAUGAAAAAAUAAGUGAACCCCUAGGCUAAAGCGAAUUUGAGUUAGAAGUUGGCAAACCUGGCAUCCAAUUAAUGAAAUGAGGCUGAAGGUGUGGGUUAGAGCUACUUUGACAUAUAAAAAGCACUCAAGUAUAUUGAGUUUGCUAUUCACAAGAAGUAUCUGAUGAAGUGCACCAUGCCUCGCAAAAAAUAGAUUUCAGAAGACCUAUGAUUAAAUAAUUUUAGCUUUGCAUAAAGCUAUAAAGGGUUACAAAUUUAUCUUGAAGAGCUUAGAUAUUCAUAUGUCCACAGUUAGACAAAUUAUCUAUAAAUGUGGAUGAUUUAGUACUGUGGCUACUCUCCCUAGAAGUGGCCGUCCAGCCGAGAUGACUCAAAGGGCACACCAAAGAAUGCUCGAUGAGGUAAAAAAGAACCCUAGAGUGACAGCUAAAGACUUGAAGGAAUCAUUGGAACUAGUUAACAGCUAUGUUCAUGAGUCUAAUAUACAGAAAAAAUUAAACAGGUAUGGUGGCCAUGGCCCAGUCAGAGCCCAGAUCUUAACCCAAUAGAGAUACUGUAGAAUGACCUCAAGAGAGCUGUUCACACUAGAUAUCCUAAGAAUAUGGCUGAACUUAAUCAGUUCUGUAAGGAAGAAUGCUCUAAAAUUCCUUCUGAACAUUGGCCAGGUCUAAUCCGCAGCUACCAGGAACACUUGGUUGAGGUUAUUGCUGCCAAAGGAGGAAUGACCAGUUAUUAAAUCCAAGGGUUCACUUACUUUUUCCACAGCACUUUGAAUGUUUAUUGGGAUUUGUACAAUAAAGACAUGAAAGAUUAUACUUGUUGGUGUGUUGUUAGCUUAAGCACAUUGUGUUUGUUUACUUGUACUUGUGACUUUGAUGAAGAUGAGAUCACAUUUUAUGACCAAUUAAUGCAGAAAAUCAGCCAAUUCCAAUUCCACUUACUUUUUCCUGUCACUGUAUUUACAAGAUAUGCAUUAUACAUACAAUGUGAUAAGGUCAUGUGACAACAAUAACAAACUACUGUUUGAAACAUUUAUUUUUGCCUAAUAUAUUACUUACUAUUGUUUCCGAAAAUACUAGGCAGUAUACAAUGUUUACUGCACAUUGCAUACUAAAUUAAGGCAGAUAGUAUGCUAGUAUUUAAUUCAGAACAUAGUUAGAGACGGUAAAUGCAAAAUACUGUAAACUACUAAACUAUCAAUUGAUGAUUCAAGAUAGAUCAGCUGCUUCACACAUGACAAAACUGAUCACACAUGCGCACACACACACACACACACACACACACACACACACACACACACACACACACACACAAAACACACACACACAAGGAUGGACCUGUUCACUGGCAAAGACUGUAUCUCCACCUUGUGGCUAAUUAAAGCAAAGCCACUGAUUUGGACAUUUGAGAAGAACAUCUUUAAAAGUAUGAUGGACAAUAACUGUGGAUGUAUUUUUGCUUAAGGUUUCUGGAUUACAAUGGACUGAAGGAUUGCGUGUCAUAAGACUGUAAUAAAAUCAUAAUAUUUAAACCACUUUAUUUCAUGAUAAAGCAAAGAUACAAUUUUUAGAUUAAAUAACUUGUGUAUGUCUUACUGAGACUGGAUUGGAAUCCAUCUACAGUAUGUGAUUUUAUAUAUAUUUGUGUCUAACAGUGCCAGUAUAGAACUAUUUUGGGUAAAUAUCUAUUUGAGUUUUUUUUCUCCCUCCAUAGUUUAUCUUUUGUCACUGGAAUAAACAUAUUGAUGUUUGUUAACAAUACUAAAAGCACUUUAACUUAACAAGGAGGGUUUAUUUUUGAUACUUUGUUUGGGUCAAGCUUAACUGUACUUGCUUGUUUUGGAGUUGAUUUGUUGUUUUUUCAUGUUAAAUGAAGAAGAGUGAAAGAAUGUAUUUUUAAAUUGAUAUAUUAAAAGUGCCUACAACAUAAAUGUAAUUAAUAGUAAUAAUAAUAAUUAUUAUUAUUAUUAUAUUAUUGAUAUUUGUUGUUUGUUAAAAAAUAAUUUGUUUAUUCUUUGGCACAUAUUGCCUGUCUUAAACUUUGGCUGUAAGGAACCAUUUGUUUCAUAAAUUUACUUUUGUGUAGUCAGGAUUUACAUGAAAAAAAUUGACUUUCAUCACUUUAACUGCUAAUGAUCUCAAAUGACUGUUUUUA